UCUAAAUGUAGUAAACUGAUGACUACACUAGAUCCCAAACGUGGUUACAUUGUACAUUACCGAGCUCUAAAACAAGCUGUAAAACAUGGUGUGGUAGUUACCAAAUUGCAUAAAUGUAUCAGAUUUAUGCAAUCUCGUUGGUUGGCUCCUUACAUUCAGCUUAAUACGGAUUUGCGCAAAAAAGCGAUCACCACGUUUGGACAAAACUUACCCAAAACGAUGAUCAACUCAAACUACGGAAAAACUUUGGAGAAUGUUAGAAAACACCAAAAUAUCAAACUCGUAUGUAACCCGGAGAAAUUGUCAAAGUUGGCUGCAAAACCGUCGUAUAGCCACAGCACCAUAUUCAAUGAAGAUUUAGUUGCUGUUCACAUGUACAAGGAAAGGAUUAAUUUUUAUAAACCAAUUUUUAUCGGGCAGGCAAUAUUGGAUAUCAGUAAAACUAUAAUGUACAAAUUCCAUUAUGAAGUUAUGUUACCGUUAUAUGGACCGGAAAGGCUCAUGUUAUGUUACAUGGACACCGAUUCUUUUAUCUACCUAAUUUUGACUAAUAGUUUUCACGAUGAUUUGAAAAAUUACCUGCUCGAAUAUUUCGAUACAUCCAAUUAUCCAACCGACCACCCGUGUUACACCGAUAAACGUAAAAAACAACCGGGUACGUUUACUGACGAAUGCAAGGGCAUGCACAUGCGAGAAAUCAUCGCAUUAUUGCCCAAAGUCUAUGCAUAUUUGACAACCCUGCAAAACUACAGUGAUCAAGUGUUUACGAGAGACGUCGAUGAAGUGAAACGAUUGAAAGGUGUGGGUCAAGGUGUAGUCAAACACGAAAUCAAGAUGGUUGAUUAUUUAAAUUGUUUGCGGGACAGGCUCAAACAAAUACGAAAGAAAAUGUCGUUAAUACGUUCUAAACAUCACCGCGUUUCAACGGUAGAAAUUGAUAAGCUCGCAUUGUCCAACAACUAUGACAAGCGUGCGAUGGUCGGUGACGAACGUGAAUACAAAGAUGUGUACACAAAAGCGUGGGGACAUUAUUCCCUACAAAACUCGAAUGUCAACGAAUAAUAUUUAUUUAUAUAUCAAUGUAUGAUAACGCAUAAUAGAGUAGUCAUAUAAAUAAUAUGUAUUUAAAUUUUAUUGAAUUAAAUGU